UGCCCUUCUCUCCCUGGCCCUUAUCCCCAGUGAGUGGGGCUUUUGUGGCCGAGCGGUGAUUCGAACCCAGGUCUCCCAGAGCCCCAGUCCAACACUCAGACCCUGCCUUUUUGCUAUCAGAUGGCAGAUGAUUGUUGCAGUCGGAUUCUAGUGCAGUAACUCCUGUUUUUAACUUUAUUUAAUCUGUUUAUUUUCUCUUCCUCCAGCCUUUUCUCUUCUGUGUUUGAUGUAAGGUGGCUCCAGGGGCAGAACUCCAGGCAGGAAGACCUGGUGGUUCACUGGAUUUUUUACCUUUCUUCUUGUCAACACAGUACAAUAACGUUUAGCACAGUAACAUCUUGAAUUUGCACAAUUUUAGAGCAGAGCCUGCUUAAAGAUUCUUUGCUCUGAAAGAGAGGAGGGUGGCAAAGUAACUUUGCUCCCAUUUUCCACUUCAUUGGACACCAAUUCAAAGAUGAAUGAGCCAGAUUCAGCUGGACCUGAAGCAGAAACAGGUCUUGACAGCAGUGGAGAAUUCUGGGGGGAAACUCUGCAGACAUUUCUGAGUGAAGACAGUGGCAUCUCAGACAUAGAACAUCAGUGGUUCAGGCAGUUUUCCUACCAAGAGGGAAAGAGGCCAAACAAAACCUGUGAUGUCAUGAGUCCUGAGAGCAGUGGGGAAUUCUGGGAGAGAACCAUGCAGAAGGUUCUGAAUGAAGAUAUGGCCAGCUCAGACAUACAGCGCCAGCACUUCAGGAAGUUCUCCUACCAAGAGGGCAAGGGGCCCCGAGAGGUUUGCGGACGACUCCACAAUCUCUGCCACCAGUGGCUCAGGCCGAAGGAACAGACUAAAUAUCAGAUCCUGGACCUGGUGAUCCUGGAGCAGUUCCUGAGCAUCCUGCCCCCCGAGAUGGAAAAGUGGGUCAGGGAAUGUGGGGCAGAGACAUGUUCCCAGGCAGUGGCCCUAGCAGAAGGUUUUCUUCUGAGUCAGGCUGAGGACAAGAAAUGGGAAGAACAGGUGAAAAAUCUGUAUGAGGAAGUUGAGUUUCAACUUUCAUCAGAGAAGCAGCCAUCAGACACUAUCCAGAGUCCUCAAUGGAGGGAGUUCAAGCAAGAGGAAGUCGAGGUUGUGGCCUUUCAGGAAUCUGGAAUGACACCACCAAGAAAUGUAGAGUCAUCUCUUCCUUUUUGGGAAGGCGCAGAACUAUUUGAGGAUCCAGUAUCCUUUGAGGAUGUGGCUGUCCAUUUUUCCCCAGAGGAGUGGGCUCUUUUGGAUCCUGAUCAGAAAGUCCUGCAUGCUCAGAUCAUGGAGGAGACCCAUGGGAUUGUGGCUUCUCUUGAUAACUGGAGCAAAAGAAACUUAUGCAGCAAGUGUGGGAAGUGUUUUGGACAUAAAUGGGACCUUGCCAGACACCAGAAGGCCCACAUAGAAGAAAGUUCUGCCAAAGAGAAAGUCUUCAAGUGCAACAUGUGUGGGAUAUGGUUUGCCCAGAAUAUGACAUUUGUGUUUCACAGGAGACUCUGUGUUGGGAAAAGACACUUUGGAUGUAAAGUUCCAGGGAAACUUUUUGAUUACAGAUUGUCAUAUCUGAGCCACCAAGCAGUCCACAAGGGUGACAAAACACACAAAUGCCAAGAGUGUGGGGAACACUUUGCUGGCAGAAUAGAAUUAGUGGUUCAUCAGAGAGUCCACACAGAAGAGAAACCAUACAAAUGUCAAGAGUGUAGGAAAUGUUUUUCUCAGCGUUCCUACCUUGUGAGCCACCAAAAGGUCCAUGUGGGAGAGAAACCAUAUAAAUGCCAGGAAUGUGGGAAAGGUUUUGCUUGGAAUUCAACCUUUGUGAGGCAUCAGAAAAUUCACACAGAAGAGAAACCAUACAAAUGUCAGGAGUGUGGAAAAGGUUUUUUUCAGUGUUCACACCUUGCGAGUCACCAGAGGAUUCACACAGGAGAGAAACCAUACAAAUGCCAGGAGUGUGGUAAAUGUUUUGUUCAGCGUUCCUAUCUUGCAAAGCACAAAAGACUCCACAGAGGAAAGCAAUUAUACAAUUGCCAGGAAUGUGGGAAAGGGUUUUCUGAGAAUUCAGCCUUUGUGAGGCAUGAGAAAAUUCACACAGGAGAGAAACCAUACAAAUGCCAGGAGUGUGGGAAAUGUUUUGUUCAGAGUUCACACCUUGCGAGUCACCAGAGAAUUCACACAGGAGAGAAACCAUACAAAUGCCAGGAAUGUGGGAAAUGUUUUUCAGAGAAUUCAAACCUUAUGAAGCACAAGACACUCCACACAGGUGAGCAACCAUACAAAUGUCAAGAGUGUGGGAAAUGUUUUGCCUGUAGUUCAUAUCUUGUGAAGCAUAAAAGACUCCACUCAGUAGAGACACCAUACAAAUGCCAGGAGUGUGGGAAAUGUUUUGUCUGCAGUUCAUACCUUCUGAAGCACAAGAGACUCCAUACAGGAGAAAAACCAUACCAAUGCCAGGGUUGUGAGAAAAGUUUUUCUAGAAGAUCAUACCUUGUGACACAUGAAAGACUCCAUACAGGAGAGAAACCUUAUAAAUGCCAGGAGUGUGGAAAAUGUUUUGCUUACAGUUCAUCUCUUGUGAGCCACCAGAGACUCCAUACAGGAGAGAAACCAUAUAGAUGCCAGGAGUGUGGUAAGAGUUUUGCUCAGAGUUCAUACCUUCUGAAACACAAGAGACUCCACACAGAAGAGAAACCAUAGGAAAUAUUUUAUUGCAAGUUCACACCUUGUGACCUACCAUAGACUUCUCACAGGAGAGAAACCAUGGAAAUGUUAGAGGUGUGGGAAAUGUUUUGCUCAGGUGUCAUGCCUUACAACACACAAGAGAGUCUACAGAAGUGAGAUACAAUUAAAAACAGUUGGUUUGUCAACUGUUGCAUUGAUAAAUAUCUCUGACUACUGAGAAAUCUUGACUAAUAUUUUGGUGGAAUCUCCUUUCUUUUAACUAUUUCCUUAGCUGUGUUCCUUUUAUCUUGUGCAACUGUACAAAUGUUAGAGAGCUGGAAAUGUUUUCCUCACAAUUCAUAGCUUGUGAAGCACAAGAGAAUCCACAGAGUUGAAAAACACAUGGUGUUAUUACUGCCAAGUCAUAUUUUUGGAUUCAUCAAAGAAUGUGAACAAGAAUCAUACAUACGUUUGAACAGAACUCAAGGGCAAUUUAAGACUAUCCCCUGCAAGUUCAGAAAUCUGCAGCUAAGGCAGUUGUGACAUGUGGCUAACGUCUGGUUGAAAAUCUCCAUUGCAGAGGAAUAUAGUUCUUUCUCAACAACUAAUAUUUUUCUGGAAUCUCCUUUCUUGUAAUUUGAAUCCAUUAGUUGGGGUCCACUGUGUAUUUCUUUUGGCAAGGGGGUGACCAACCACCCGCGCAGUCUGAGGAUAAACCAACUCAGCUGCAGCCAAACAAUACUGUAACAGAAAUUUAAUAAAACUAAAAUUCCCAGCCA